AGGCGGAGCGGGCGCGCGGGCCGGCCCCGGCGCCUCCAUGAUGGAGGAGCGAGCGGCCGCCGCGGUCGCCGCCGCCGCCUCCUCCUGCCGCCCGCUUGGCUCCGGCGCGGGCCCCGGCCCGGCUGGAGCGGCCCCAGCUGCCACCCCUGUCCCCGGGCCUGGCCCGGCCGGGAAGGGAGGCGGCGGUGGAGGCAGCCCCGGGCCCACGGCGGGCCCGGAGCCCCUGAGCCUACCGGGAAUCCUGCACUUUAUUCAACACGAGUGGGCGCGCUUCGAGGCCGAAAAGGCGCGCUGGGAGGCCGAGCGCGCCGAGUUGCAGGCCCAGGUGGCCUUUCUCCAAGGAGAAAGGAAAGGGCAAGAGAACCUGAAGACAGACCUGGUGCGACGGAUCAAGAUGCUGGAGUACGCACUAAAGCAGGAGAGGGCCAAAUACCAUAAACUGAAGUUUGGAACAGACUUGAACCAGGGCGAGAAGAAGCCGGAUCUGUCAGAACAAGUAUCCAAUGGCCCCGUGGAGUCGGUCACCCUGGAGAACAGCUCGCUUGUGUGGAAGGAGGGGCGACAGCUUCUCCGACAGUACCUGGAAGAGGUGGGCUACACAGACACCAUCCUGGACAUGCGCUCCAAACGUGUGCGUUCCCUGCUGGGCCGCUCACUGGAGCUCAACGGGGCGGUGGAGCCCAGUGAGGGGGCUCCCAGGGCCACGCCGGGCCCCGGGGUGCUCAGCAGCGGCGGUGGGGGUGGCGGCGAGUCACUGCUGGUGAAACAGAUCGAGGAACAAAUCAAGAGGAAUGCGGCAGGCAAGGACGGCAAAGAGCGCCUGGCCGGCUCGGUGCUGGAGCAGAUCCCCUUCCUGCAGAACUGUGAGGACGAGGACAGCGACGAGGACGACGAGCUGGACAGCGUGCAGCACAAGAAGCAGCGCGUGAAGCUGCCGUCCAAGGCCCUGGUGCCCGAGAUGGAGGAGGAGGACGAGGAGGAUGACUCCGAAGACGCUAUCAAUGAGUUUGACUUCCUGGGCUCAGGAGAGGAUGGGGAGGGUUCGCCAGACCCUCGGCGUUGUGCUGCGGACGGAAACCCCCACGAGCUGGAGAGCCGGCGGGUCAAGCUCCAGGGAAUCCUGGCCGACCUGCGCGAUGUGGACGGGCUGCCUCCCAAAGUGACGGGUCCCCCUCCCGGCACGCCCCAGCCCCGGCCCCACGAAGCAGGUUCCUUUGGCUUCUCCUCAGACGUCUUCAUCAUGGACACCAUCGGGGGCGGGGAGGUGAGCCUGGGGGACUUGGCGGAUCUCACCGUCACCAACGACAACGAGCUCAGCUGUGAUCUCUCCGACAGCAAAGACGCCUUCAAGAAGACGUGGAACCCCAAGUUCACCCUGCGUUCACAUUAUGACGGCAUCCGCUCCCUGGCCUUUCACCACAGCCAGUCGGCACUGCUCACCGCCUCUGAGGAUGGCACGCUCAAGCUCUGGAACCUACAGAAGGCGGCCACGGCCAAGAAGAACGCUGCCUUGGACGUGGAGCCCAUCCAUGCCUUCCGGGCCCACAGGGGUCCAGUGUUGGCAGUAGCCAUAGGCAGCAACAGUGAGUACUGCUACAGCGGUGGGGCAGAUGCCCGCAUCCACAGCUGGAAGAUUCCAGACCUCAACAUGGACCCCUAUGACGGUUACGACCCCAGUGUGCUGAGCCACGUGCUGGAGGGCCACAGCGAUGCUGUGUGGGGCCUGGCCUUCAGCACCGCCUGCCAGCGCCUGGCCUCCUGCUCAGCUGAUGGCACCGUCCGCGUCUGGGACCCCAGCAGCAGUGCGGCCUGCCUGUGCAGCUUCCCCACGGCCAGUGAGCAUGGCAUCCCCACCUCCGUGGCCUUCACCAGCACCGAGCCUGCCCACAUCGUGGCCUCCUUCCGCUCUGGGAACACCGUGCUCUAUGACCUGCAGGCGGGCAGUGCCCUCCUUACACUCGAGUCCCAGGGGAGCAGCGGCCCAACCCAGAUCAACCAGGUAGUGAGCCACCCCAGCCAGCCCCUCACCAUCACCGCCCACGACGACAGGGGCAUCCGCUUCCUGGACAAUCGCACCGGGAAAUGUGUGCACUCCAUGGUCGCCCACCUGGAUGCUGUCACCUGCCUGGCCGUGGACCCCAAUGGUGUCUUCCUGAUGUCAGGGAGCCAUGACUGCUCCCUGCGCCUAUGGAGCCUGGACAACAAGACGUGUGUGCAGGAGAUCACGGCCCACCGCAAGAAACACGAGGAGGCGAUCCACGCCGUGGCCUGCCACCCCAGCAAGGCCCUCAUCGCCAGCGCGGGUGCUGAUGCCCUGGCCAAGGUCUUCGUAUGAUGCCCACCUGGCCCCACCCUGGCUGCCACACUGGCUGGAGAGGGGCCGGGCAGGUGGGGCUGAGGGGACUCCGAGCCUCGCUCUGGAGGGGGAGGCCUGAUGGUGCUAAUGGCCUGUCCCUGGAGCCCCUCCCCGUGGCGCUCCUGCCCCGCCCCCGGCCACUGCCCGUCGCUGCUGUCAGAGCUGCUUCUGGAAGCCGCCACAGCAGUACUGGGGUCCUCUGGGGUGUCCGGCUGGGAUGCCGGGAGGUGCCACAUUCCCCAGGAGUCCCUGCCCUCAGGGGGAGCUGUCAGCCCCUCCUCCCUGCCUUCCUGACACUAACCCAGGCCUGGGGGGCCCUUCCCACUCCUGCCCCCAUGAUGCCUACGGGAGGGGUUACCUGUUCCAUCUCACCCCUCCCUGGGGUGAUCUUCCCAGCCCUCAGCGGAGACAGCCUGCCUUGGUGUCUCCCAGGGCACACACGGAGGGCGGGCUUCCUGCCCCCUGUAUAUCUGUAUAAAGAAAUGGGAUUGUAAUGGC